AUGGCGACCUCAUCGCGCGUCGUCAUCAUCGGGGCCGGCAUCGUCGGCGCAAAUGUCGCCGACGAGCUGACCUCGCGCGGCUGGACCGACAUCACCGUAGUUGAUCAGGGCCCUCUGCACCUGGCGGGCGGCUCCACGUCUCAUGCUCCGGGCCUGGUGUUCCAGAGCAACGCGUCCAAAGCCCUGAGCUUGUUCGCGCGAUACACCGUAGAGAAGCUGCAGUCUCUGAAGAAGGACGGUGAGAGCUGCUUCAAUCAGGUGGGCGGGCUGGAGGUGGCAACGACACCCGCGAGGCUCGAGGAGCUCAAGAGGAAGCAUGGCUUCGCGACUUCCUGGGGCAUCGAAACCCGCCUGAUCAGCACCGACGAGUGCCUCAAUGUCUACCCGCAUCUGAACAAGGACCUUGUACUGGGCGGCCUACAUAUACCCAGUGAUGGGUUGGCGCUUGCAGCCCGCGCUGUUCAGUUGCUCAUCGAACGCACGAGUAAAGCGGGCGUUCGCUAUCUGGGAUCGACUCCCGUCACGGGCAUCAGCCAGAUGGAUGGCCGCGUCACGGGCGUCGUGACACCAAAUGGCGCCAUCCCUGCCGACAUUGUCAUCUCAUGUGCAGGAUUCUGGGGAGUCGAGGUCGGCGCAAUGGCAGGAGUAACGAUACCACUCCUGCCGAUGGCGCACCAAUACGUCAAAACAACGGCCGUGCCGGCGCAGAAUGGUCGAAACGCGCUGCCAAACGGAGCGAGCCUUCCCAUUUUACGAUACCAGGACCAAGAUAUCUACUACCGCGAGCACGGCGACCGCUACGGUAUUGGGUAUUACGGCCAUCGGCCCAUUCCCGUUGACGCCGCCUCUCUUGGCCAAACACCAAAACACGUCACGGAAGAGAAUAUGCCCUCUCGUCUUAAAUUCACACCGAAAGAUUUCGAACCAGCAUGGAAGCUGUCCCAGGAGCUGUUGCCUGCUCUUCAAAAGAGCACCGUCGCGGAAGGGUUCAACGGAAUUCUGUCAUUCACACCCGAUGGGGGACCUCUUGUCGGCCAGUCUCCCACCGUAGAUGGCUUCUUCGUCGCCGAAGCCGUCUGGGUGACACACUCUGCCGGCGUAGCCCGCGCCCUGGCCGAGGUCCUUACUACCGGCAAAUCUCAGGUCGACCUCACCGGGUGCGAGCUGUCCCGCUUCGACCAAGUCCAGCUCACCCCUGCGUACGUCAAGGAGACGUCGCAGCAGGACUUUGUGGAGGUCUAUGACAUUCUACAUCCCUUCCAGCCGCGCGACUCGCCUCGGGAUUUGCGCAUCGGCCCGUUUCACGAGCGUCAGCGAGAGCUCGGAGCAUACUUCCUCGAAACUAGCGGCUGGGAACGCCCGGAAUGGUAUGAGGCUAACGCAGAGCUGCUGAGCCAUCUGCCCGCGAAAUGGCGACCUGUCGAGCGGGAUGCCUGGUCAGCGAGAUACUACUCGCCAAUUGCGGCUGCUGAAGCUUGGAAGACGCGCACUACCGCGGCCAUGUACGACUUAACUCCGCAGCGGUGCCUGGAGGUGACAGGGCCAGGAGCUGUCAACCUGCUCAUGCGAUUGACGACAGGGGAGGUUUCGAGGAAUCCGGGCACUGUCACAUAUGCGCUUCUUCUUGACGUCAACGGGGGCAUCCGCAGCGACCUCGUCAUAGCGAGAUUGGGCAAGGACACCUUCCAGGUCGGAGCAAAUGGAGCCAUGGACUUUGCCUAUCUCUCGCGCGAAGCCCGCGUCCAGACCACAAAGACACCUGCUCAGUUCGUGCAGGUGCGCGACAUCACCGGCAGCACAUGCUGCCUUGGUCUGUGGGGUCCUCGCGCCAGGAACGUCGUCAUGGCAGCGAGCACAGACGACUUCACCGGUGCCAGUCUACCAUACAUGCACGCGAUGAAGGCGACCAUCGCCGGCAUCCCUGUGACAGCGAUCAACGUGUCAUAUGUUGGCGAGCAGGGCUGGGAGAUCCACACCACCGCAGAAUAUGGGCGGCGUUUGUGGGAUGCCCUCUGGCAAGCCGGCCAGCCCUACGGAUUGAUUGCGGCGGGCAGAAGCGCCUUUUACGCCUUGCGGUUAGAGAGCGGGAUCAGGCUAUGGGGCGUUGAUAUGACCACCGAGCACGACCCCUACGAGGCUGGCCUCGAUUUCGCACUGCGCGAGUCUGGACAGGGUUACGUCGGACAGGAAGCUCUGAAGAGCCGCUCUACGAAGACGGCCACCGGGCGACUCCGCUGUCUCACCGUCGACGAUGGUCGAUCCAUGGUCCUCGGCAAGGAGCCAGUAUUCGCGGGCGGCCAGUCGGUCGGCUACAUCACCAGCGCGGCGUUUGGGUACACGGUCGGCAAGCCGAUUGCAUUUGCGUACCUUUCCACCAAGGUGUCCGAGGGCGACACAAUUGAGAUUGAGUACUUUGGGAGGCGCAUUCGAGCCACGGUCAUGCAUGAUUCAGCGUACAAGCCGCACAGCGACAGGCCCCGGGCACGGAGAGGAGAUUCUAAACUCUAA